AUGAUGGUCCAGCAAAGUGGUGGUCAUAGAAGAUUGGACCACCCUCCCCUACCCUCUGAAUCUGUGAACAAUCAAGAUCAAUCGUUUUUGUCACAUAGAGACCUUGGGAAUCACGGUCUUCCAUCCAACACACAUGACAUUCCAUCUAUCCCUCCAGCACUGCAUUACCAGGCACCACAGUCUGGUUCUUUUCCUCCAGCCAGACCAUUACCAGCACCACCUACUAUGCCCCCCUUUGUAGGACCUUACAGUCCCCCCCAAGGAGCUGAACAACACAUUCGCCAGCCACCAGUAACACCAUUUUGUAUGGGUUAUGAGCAACAACACCUGGUUUGCCCCGGUGUUGCUUCCAUGGGGUCUUAUGGAACCACUGGAACGGUAUAUGGGGGACCGCACAGAUCGAACUUUGACUUCACCCCUGGAGUCGGUUCUUCUGGUUUAUCAGGUCAUUCAGCUCCUCCUCCAGCAGGUCUACCACCCCCGGGGCCUUCACCAUGUAGUCCUCCUCCAUCGUUACCACCAACAGGUCCACCUCCAUCACUACCUUCUGGGCCACUGCCACCUCCCCCUCCUUCUGGACCACCAGUGUUGCCAACACCUCCAGGCCCUCCAUCUCCACCUCCACUUCCACCUCUGCCACCAGGACCUCCACUGCCUCCCAGAUGUUACAAACUGUUCACUUUUCAGGCCCACCAUACCCUGCUAACCAGCACAAAGUACCCCCAGCAAUUCUCCUAA